AACAGAAUACUGCGCAACACCGACAUGCUUGCGGACCGCAGCACGUCUGGCAUAGACCGCCGCUGCGCGCCCGCGCCUGCUAAUCGAUCGACACUCUCGCGGAUAGCGAGAAGCGUUCACCGCCGCCGUGCAUGCGACGCAACUUAUUAAAGCACGGCUUCGUAGCAAUGCCCAGGAGAGCUCGCUUCCGCGGUACGGUGCCACUCAUCCAGGAAGAAGGCGUGCUUAGGAACGCAACUGUCACCAAGUUCCCAGACAACAAUAACAUGAACAACAGAAACAUUGCAAGAUCAGAUGAAUGUGGCACAAUAAAUGAAUUAAACAAUGAACUGAGAAAGCUAAACCUCAUACCAAGGGUACAGUCUUCAAGAGAUCAAAGAGAUUGUAAUGAAAAUGAAUUAGUCUUAUCUCCUUCAAAAAAAAUAUUAAACACAAGAAAAGAAAGUAAUGACACAUUGAAGGCUUCAAGAAGAAGAUGGAAUCUAGAUCUGAAACUGUGGCAUCGAUUGAAUCAGCAUCAAAAUUUGACUAGUUUUCGGUAUAAUUCAAAACUUUUUCAAACAUGGGUGCCAAAUGAUGAACUUGACAUUGUAUCCAGUUCAUGUUAUGAUCGCAGUGAGCAUCACUUUUCAGAUAUAGGUGAAAGAUCUUUACAACCUGAAAUACUAGAACAGAAGACAUGGUAUGGAAUGAUCAAAUCUAUACUUUUUAAGAAAAGAUAUGUUCAUUGAAAACAGAGCAGCUAAAAUAAACUGUAUUUAUGAGUGAAUACAUUUAGUAAUGUGCAUGGUGGUUCAACAUUCAGUGCCAAUCUCAUAGAUAGUGUAAAAGAAUAAGAUUUUCUCUUAUGCUGCAACCAUACACUGUACCCCAGACACUAAACAUUAGCAACACAUUUCAAUUUCUUGCAUAUGUAGGGAAGUACAACAUAAUUCUAAUACUAGAAGCUUCACUACUUCACAUCUAACAAAACAAACAUUGGUAACUAUCCUGGAAGGUUCUAUACAUCAAUACUGUUAAGAGAUGGUGUCAUGAGGCACACUGCAAAACCAGAAAAACCUAAAUGUUGUAUCAGAUAUAGACAGUUUGUACUAAGCUGUCUCAUCUUUCUCUGUAAUAUCAUAUUUGAAAUUUCUGCAGCACUAAAACCAUCAGGCUUGGGACACAAAUGAUAUGUCUUUUAUCUCUACUCUACAAAGUUUGGUAAAACUUUGAUAUUGGUAUUGAUUUUUGAAUCACUCUUGACUAAAUGUACUUGCAAUUUAGUACUUACAUGAUAUAUGUAGUACUUUUAAUUAUCUCAGAAAUUAUGUACAAUGUAGACAGAUGUGAGAAACUGAUUUAUGUUGACACAUUAAUUUCUUUCUUAAUAUUGUACAUCAUUUCCUGUCACUGUAAAAAAGAGCACAGUAUACGAAUAAUCAUGAUAAAUUUACCAGUGCAUUUAGAAUAAUAAAAUAAAAAAAGUGAUGAAAGCUGGUGCUUAGUUGAAACUGUUUGGGAACUUACUAAAGUUUUCUUAAAAUAAUGCUUCAUUUAUUAACAACUGUUUAUGCUAAACUUUUGACAAUUUUCUUGAAGUAACAUAUGAUGGAAUAACUAAUGAAGGAUAGACAAUAAAGUAAUUACAAUACA